UCCCCCACUCAGCAGCACAGUGCCAGCCAAAACCUAGACCGCCGCUCCUCACUCGUUCUGGUCCAUAGGGUAAGUUGAACUAGUCUUGUGGUCUGCCUGCUAGGAGGAGCCAUGGCUGCGGAAGCGCAAUUGGCUCAUUCCAUAGCGACGGUCGGCCCCUCAUUAUCGCGAGAAAUAGCUUCGGUAACUGCGUUGUUCGGCCAGCCACAAGGCGUGCGAGUGUCCGGGGUUUCGCUGCUAGAGCGCGGCCUGCAAAGGCUUAGCCUUCACUCGUCGACGUCGCGACCAUUUAUUCCCCGCGCGUCGGACGCCGGCGUGUCGCUAGAGGCAUCGGCGGAGAGUCAAGAAUCGGCGGAAAGCGGGGAGGCGUUGGACGAGGAAUGGCCGCAGUUGCGCGCCAUCAGCGUGGGGCUCGUGCAGGACACCGUCGCCAUGCUCGACACCAAAUGCGACUCCGGCGAGACUAAGGUGGUGCGCCUGCUGCUGGCGCUGGGACUGGGCAAGCAGCAGGUGGCGCAGGCGGUGUCGAGCUACCCCGACCUGCUGCAGCUGAGCGUGGUGGACAUUCUCGCGCGCCUGCGCGUGCUGCUCGACCUGGGCAGCUCGCUCGGCGAGGUGGCGUCGUCGCUGGUGCGCGAGCCGCGGUGGCUGCACGCGCCGGUGCAGCGCAUGUACGACAUGGUGGAGUACCUCGAGUCGCUGGGCGUCGCGCGCGACAAGGUGCACCGCGUGCUGCUGCGCUUCCCGCGCAUCAUGGAGCUCAGCGAGGCCGACAUCACGCCCUCCCUCGCGCGCCUGCAGUACAUCGUGGGCGCGGGCCGCGACAUCUACCGCAUGAUCGAGCGGCAGCCGCGCGUUCUAGGGCUGUCGCAGGCGCAGAUCGCGGAGACGGUGGACGUGCUCAAGGCGCACAUUGCGCCGGAGCAGGUGGCGGACGUGCUGCUGAAGAAGCCGCUGGUGCUGCUCAUGUCGCGCGACGCCAUCGUGCAGCGCAUCCGCUACCUCGCCAGCAUCUUCCACAAGCACCGCCUCUCCAACGUCUUCAAGGUCGCGCCCGGGCUGCUCACCAUCGACACGGCGCGCCUCAAGCGCCAGUACGCGCGCCUCGAGGCGUACCUGGACCCCGCCGCGACGGAGAAGCUAGUGAACGCGUUUCCGCAGGCGCUGACGCUGAGCUGGGAGAAGGUGCUGCUGCCCAAGUUCCAGUUCCUCGAGGAGCUCGGUCUAGACCGGUUCGAGGUCCUCAACUUCCCCGCGUACCUGGGGUACUCGCUGGACUCGCGCAUCCGGCCGCGGUGCGCGGUGCUGCUGGCGGCGGGGUACCAGAUCCGCGCACACGACGAGGUGAUCACAACGGACAACGAGCGCCGCCUGCGCAAGUUCGGGCGGUCGCACCACGAGAUCCUGCAGACAUUCGGCGCGCACUCCGUGUGCAUCCAGCACAUCGUGGGGCUCACCGACGCCGACUUCCACUCCCAGUUCGGCGUCAACGGGGGCACCAGCGCCAGCAACGCCGGCAGCUGAUAGUGUGAGCGGCGCUAGGCGAUGGCAUGGGGACAGACGGGGCAGGUGAUGCUGACAUACACAAAUGUGGCGCCUAUUGCUGUGUCGGAAGGCGUGAUUCCUGGGGCUCACGCUCAGGCUCAGGCUGGGAUAUGGCGGGUGUGAGGUGGUGUCCACCAUUCCAAUAGCAAGACUUGCUGUACUCCCAUUUCUUAUCAAUCCUAGUGGUUUAUGCAGGUACCCACCAACGGAAUUCCAGGCAUUGUCCUCCUUCACCCUUCUCCUUAUUCCUUCGUAGGGACAGUUAAACAAUGUG